UGUCACACAUAAUACUAAAAUGUUUGGUAUCCAUAAUACUUGCAUUGAUCAAACCUGGGAUUGCAAUUCACGCGUUUGCAGGAGCAGUUUCUUCCAAUCCGGCGAUAUUAAUGCUGUGGAAUGACACCGACUUCGCAAUUUUGAACGAUCAUGAAGGACUUGAAUUUUUUAAUGCUGAUGAUAAAUAUUCAGGGUUGAACGAAGGUCCACCGAUCAGGAGAGAGAAUUCGAUUCCCUCAAAUUCAGAAGACCGACAGAAGAAUGAAUUGCUGGACCAGAGUUCAACUUGGAAACUCAAUGAUCGGAAAGCCAAACUGUUUUUCUCGAUGGUGCAAAUACUGCCGAGGCCGUGCACGACGCUCGACAACAUCACCAGGACGGGCGUGUGUCUCUCGAGCGUCGAGUGCUCAACCCGCACCGGCGUCGCGUCUGGGUCCUGCGCCCAGGGGCUCGCAGUCUGCUGCAUUCUUCAGAAGACGUGCCUCCAGUCCACCAAUAUCAACGACACGUUUUUCGUGAACCCCAACUACCCGGAGGCGGACGUAGGGGCGGGGGCUUGCAGUCUCACAAUCAACAGAGCCAGUAACGACAUCUGCCAGAUGCGCGUCGACUUCCUACAGCUGGAGCUAUCGCAGCCUGAUGCCAACGGUCAGUGCAUCAGCGACUUCCUCACCGUCACAGGUGGCAUCACUGAUGCUCCGAUCAUCUGCGGCUCUAAUACCGGACAACACAUGUACAUUGACGUGGAUCCCAACGGGGGGUCGGUGCGCCUGUCCGUGGACCGCACGGCGGCGUCCGUCAGCGACAGAAUCUGGAACGUCCGCCACAUCCCCUGUACCUCGCCCUUCAGAGCGCCAAGAGGCUGCCUCCAAUACUACACUGAAACUUCAGGCACAGUGCAGAGUUUCAACUUCAAUCAAGACAUCAACGAGACUUCCGUUCCGCUAGCCACGCGACAGGUGUCAGGCAUGGACUACAGCGUGUGCGUGCAGAUGGCUGAGGGCUACUGCAGCAUCAUGUGGAGCCGCAACCUGACCGGCGGCGACUACGGCUUCACGGUGUCGCAUGCUGUCGACGGUGUCGAUCCAGCGCUAAUAGGUACUCCCUCUUCCUCAACUACGGGCAUCAACUGCACCACUGACUAUGUUGUCAUCCCAGGCGGUGUGGAUGACACAGGUCUUUCCGUAGACCGCUAUUGUGGAUACGGUUUCCCCAACAGCGUUACAU